GGGGACUGUCGCGGCUGUACCUCCGCCUGUCGCAGGCUCCCGACUCUCCGCCGCCGGCUCGCGGCAACCGCUGUCCCCUCGUCCUUGCGCUCCCCGGCCUCGCCGGCGGUGACGAAGACGCACUCCAGGCUUGGGCGGCUCCUUUUGCGGACAGACACUCGCCGGCGGACGCGGGAUCCCCCUUCCUCCAUGGCAGCGGCGUCCGCGGCGACCCGGCCCUAAACUCCAGUGCGACAGGGAGUGGGAGCCAGCGCGGAGGUGGCGACGGGGGAAAGCGGCACUCGCGUCCCCCUGCACCUCGGGAAAAGGCCCCGCGUCGAUCCCCACAGCGCUCGGGCCGGACGCAGACACGCAUGCGCAGGUGUCCGCGGUCUCCCAGGCCAACCAUCGCUGUCACGUGACUUGGGCGCCGCGAGAGCGCGAACCCAACCGGCCCGCGCGCUGCAAUCCGCGCCUGCUCUUCGGUUUUGGGUGUCCGCAGCGUUCGCCCGCGGAACCUUCGAAAGCGGCACUCGCGCCGACGGGGGAGGAGCGCCGGAAGGGACCGGCCGGAACCCUUGUGAACAACAGGAAGAGGCGGGGCGAGGGAUCAUGGCCGCUGUGGUCGCUGUUUGCGGCGGUCCAGGGAGGGGAAGGUUGACGCGCUUGCUAACGGCUGCUGUCUGUUUCACACAUCCGGGCACUCACGCAGUGCUGUGGAGCAGAGGUUGUUCACAGUAUGAACAGGUGACCAGCAACGAGGACAUGCCUGUUCCAAUGGAAAAUCCUUAUAAGGAGCCUCUUAAGAAAUGUAUCUUGUGUGGAAAACGUGUAGAUUAUAAGAAUGUACAGCUUUUGUCCCAGUUUAUUUCUCCGUUUACUGGAUGCAUUUAUGGAAGGCACAUAACAGGUCUUUGUGGAAAGAAACAGAAAGAAAUCACAAAAGCGAUUAAGAGAGCUCAAAUACUGGGGUUUAUGCCAGUUACAUACAAGGAUCCUGCAUUUCUCAAAGACCCCAAAGUUUGCAACAUCAAAUAUCGGGAAUAAAUUACAUAAUGUUGCCACCAAUAAACUUAUUUUGCAGUAAGUGGUUCAUGAUGCCAA